UGGGGCCUCCUCUGCUCUCUCUGUUCAACUUUGUUUUCUUUUCACUCAAAACCGGACCAGCUUUUUCAGAACCCGUGUGGAUGUAUUAUUUAAAGUAAUUUUUCCCGUAUUAACUUGUGGGUGAAGUACACUGUUUCUUCAGCAACACGGAUGUCCAGUCUCAGGAGAAAUGUACCAGGGCAUAAUGACAACUAACCACGGAGCCCCGUCCUAUGAGGCUGGUUUUCUCCACAAUGCUCCUGCAGGUACUUCACCGGUCUAUGUGCCGACCACACGAGUGGUCACCCCGAUGAUCCCAGCGCUGCCUUACCUUCAGACGGCCGGUGCCUCGCAGCAGGGCAGCCCGGUAUCAAGUCACUCUGCCUGGGCACAGGCGGGCGCCGAGUCCGUGUCUUCGUACAAUCACUCCCCGGUGUCUCCACGCUUCAGCUUCUCCACCAGCCCACCCCUGUCCUCGGGUAUGGCCUCCGCCCGGGAAACUGCGUCUUAUUCCAGCCCGCUGAACAUCUCCACAAACGGGAGAGAUCACUACGGAGCCCGAGGGCUCAGCGGCUCGUACCACAGUCCUUACACCACCUACAUGAGCCCCAACGUGGGAGGAACGUGGACGGCAUCUCCGUUCGACAGCCCGGUGCUGCACGGCCUCCAACCCGGGGGAAAUCCCGGAGCGACACGGCAUCCUAACAUAGAUCUGUUUGAUGAUUUUGCUGAGGGGCGUGAGUGUGUGAACUGUGGGGCGAUGUCCACCCCACUGUGGAGGCGGGAUGGUACGGGCCAUUACCUGUGCAACGCCUGUGGACUGUACCACAAGAUGAAUGGCAUCAACAGACCUCUGAUCAAACCUCAGCGGCGACUGUCAGCCUCGAGACGAGUGGGUCUCUCCUGCACCAACUGUCACACAACUACCACCACACUGUGGCGCCGCAAUGCAGAGGGAGAGCCCGUGUGCAACGCCUGUGGGCUCUACAUGAAACUGCACGGGGUUCCCCGACCUCUGGCUAUGAAAAAAGAGGGCAUCCAGACACGCAAACGGAAACCCAAAAAUGUGAAUAAGUCUGGGAGUUCAGGCAGUGAGGGCAGCACAGCAGCUCCUCGCCCCCCACCCCCCUCAGAGGAGCCCCGACAGAUAAAAACAGAGCCGGACACCCACCUCUAUACACACAGCGCACACACACAGAUCUCAGCCCUGCCGGCGUAUAUGUCCGCACAAGGAGGAGCCAUCCCUCUGAAGAUGUCUCCCGGGAGCCACAGUGGGUCCACCAGCUCCAAGAAUGAGCCUUGGAAUAAUCUUAUCCUGGCUUAGGAGAACCGGUAUCACAAAGCUAUUUUAUAUAUUCAACAGACUGAGUCGCAGCCUUAUGCUUUCAUAGUGCCUUGUCCAUAAACUGGAGCUGCAAUAGACUAAAAUGCACAAAUGCUGCAUUUACUUUGUGAACUGUGGUUGAAGGAAGAGAUGAGCUAAACUAGGACGAAGAAUGCUCCAAUCCUUUUGACCUGAUUGUAUGUCAAUAUGAAGACGUCUGAAGGAGUAUGUGACAGACACUGGUGCGGUCAGACAUUUUCACUGUAUUUUACUUUUAUUGUUUUGUUUUCAUGAUAUGCAGUUGCUUCAAAACAAUAUUUGAUAAGAUAAAGUACUGUCUAUGAAUUAUAUAAUACAUAACACAUUUAAGUCUAUGAGACAUUUAUGUAUAUUAGUGUUGAGUAUGAGAAAGGUGACAAAUCAUUGGGCAAAAACCACAAACAGAAAUUUAAAUAAUUACAUUCUAGAAAAUUUAAUAAUAUUUUGUGCUCAGUACAUUUUAAAAGCAAGUCACUCCCUCCUCUUCAGUUACACAUUUCACAUAUACUGUAAGUGCAAUAAAAACAUGUAUAGUAUUUUGAACUGGUUUUAACAGUGAUUGUACAGUAAUUUAGUAUGGAAUUAUUUUUAUCAACACAAUAGACUACCUAUGCAGCGCAACUUGCACAUUGAAUACUAUGUGGAUUUAGCGCCCCCUGCUGAAAGCACUGCACCUACAAGACGGUCUGACUAUCAUGGGGUUCCUAAUGUUUGUAGCUGAUGAUAUAGAGCUUUACCGAUAGCCCUAUUAUCGGUAUUUAUUAAAAGCACAGCCCAAAAUAAAACAUAAUGUAAGUAAUAUUUGAAUUUGAUGUUUAUAUAAUUUUUUUUAACAGAUUUUGCUUAUGAAAACUUUUGUCAGUUGAACCCAUGUUUUAUUACAGUAUAGCAAUUUAUGUAUCCCUAUAAGCUCCACUCCUUUUGAUGAAUUAUAUGAAAUUGGCACAUAAAGUUACAGAUAUAAAAAUAUCUUCAGUGAAACAUGCACAGCUUUUAUGUGCACCUCCAACAGAACAGAACACUUAAAAUGUUAAUGGUGGGCUUACUUUCAAAAUGAUUUUUAUGACCCUUGUCGCUUUGGUUAAAUGUA